UCCUGCUGUCUGUCUUUAAGGACGAUAUUGCCUUGAUGAAGGACAUGAAGCUGAAUCAUUAUCGUUUCUCCAUUUCCUGGCCAAGGAUUUUACCCACUGGACUGAAAAGUGAAAAAAUCAAUGAGAAAGGAAUUAAAUAUUACAGUGACUUGAUUAACAUGCUACUGGAUAACAAGAUCACACCCAUUGUCACUCUAUACCACUGGGAUUUACCACAGGUGUUACAUGAGAAAUAUGGCGGUUGGCACAAUAUCAGCAUGGUGAAUUACUUUAACGACUUUGCUAAUUUAUGCUUUGAAAGAUUUGGAAACAGAGUCAAGUACUGGAUUACUUUCAACAAUCCUUGGUCCAUUGCUGUGGAGGGAUAUGAAACAGGUGAACAUGCACCUGGACUGAAACUGAAGGGAACAGGAGCUUACAAAGCCGCCCACCAUAUCAUCAAGGCACAUGCUAACGUAUGGCACACGUAUGACAUGCAGUGGAGAAGCAAACAAAAAGGCCUGGUUGGGAUCUCGCUGACUGCUGACUGGGGUGAACCAGUGGACAUCUCCAACCAGAGGGAUAUCGAAGCAGCAGAGAGAUACAUUCAGUUCUACUUGGGCUGGUUUGCUACACCUCUCUUCCAUGGAGACUACCCACAAGUUAUGAAAGAUUACAUUGGCAGGAAGAGUGGCCAGCAGGGUCUGGGAGCUUCGCGGCUCCCCGUCUUCUCUCCUCAGGAGAAAAGUUACAUCAAGGGCACCUGUGACUUCUUGGGUCUUGGACAUUUCACAACUCGCUAUGUCACUCUGAAGAAUUACCCAUCAGGAGCUGGAGACAACUAUUUCUCUGACCGUGACCUUGCUGAACUGGUUGACCCACAAUGGCCUGACCCUGGUUCUGAAUGGCUCUACUCCGUUCCCUGGGGCUUCCGACGCUUGUUGAACUUUGUUAAGACUCAGUAUGGAAACCCCAUGAUCUAUGUGACAGAAAAUGGCGUGUCAGAGAAAAUGCUGUGCACCGACCUUUGUGACGACUGGAGGAUGAAGUACUUCAAAGACUACAUCAAUGAAAUGCUCAAAGCGAUAAAAGAUGGGGUCAAUGUGAAGGGCUACACGGCCUGGUCUCUCCUCGACAGCUUUGAGUGGGAUGAAGGCUUCUCUGAGAGGUUUGGGCUCUACUACGUGGACUUCAGGAACAAAAAUAAGCCACGCUACCCAAAAGCUUCUGUCCACUACUACAAACGCAUUAUCAGCUCAAAUGGCUUUCCCAAUCAGAGAGAGGUUGAAAGUUGGAAGAGGAAAGCUGUAGAGACUUGCUCCUCCAGUAACCAGCUGCUGGCUGCAGAUCCAUUGAUAGGCCACAUGGAGAUGGUAACAGAGAUUGUGGUUCCCACUGUGUGUACACUCUGCAUCCUCAUCAGUGCGGUUUUCUUCAUGUUCCUGCUGCGUCGACGCCUCUGAAAAGUGCACACAGUCACAUCACUGAGAGCUCACAGAAAAAGAAUCUAAGAUUUGCUUCCAUGCUGUAAACCUGUAUCCUGUCUCAAGCUUAUUGCUGAUUUAACUGUCCUGCUGCUGCUUUGAAAAAGAAAUGUUUGGGGGUCAUCAUGAAAAAUCCAAAAGCAAACGUCUGUCGCCAUGUGAGACUGAAUUCCAGAUUUGUGCUCGAUUAUUUCAUUAAUCAGUUGACCCUGUGUGAUUUUUGAAAUAGCUGUAUUCUCUAUUGGCUACCCAAGUUCAUUUUAGAGAGGGGUUGGCUUGUGUCCAUAAGUUUCUAAUAAGAUUGACGGGGAGGAGGUGAUGUCCAUGCUGUGGUCAUGAAACUUUAAUUAAAUAUAUUUUUAAGAAUUCAA